UUGGCACGAUGUAGUCAGGUAAUCGCGAAACUUGCCAGACGCAAGACGAACAUAUUGAUCAAAGUGUUUCGUGCGUAAAUUACCUGAUAACAUAACACAGGCUUGGCAGUGGCUCGGCGGCGGCAUGGCACGCGGAGCCGACUGCGGCCGGCGUCAGGUACAGACGGACAGCACGCGCCCCACGCGCCUGCCGCACGUCUAUCGGACACGGUUAAUUACGGACAGGAUCGAACAUACUUUUGGCGAUGCUAAUCCGAUCACGGCUUAACUCAUGUUAUCAUACUCGCUGAUGUGUAUAUUAAUGUCGAGUCCGCGUGCAGUACCGGCUUCGAGCGAGUGGCGAGAGGAUGUUGUCGAUAGAACAAUUGUCGCAAAUGGUCCAUGCUCAUCUCGGACUCAACGGUAACGCGAAUGAAGCUCAAUAUACAGCGAAAUGGAUAAUCAAAGAAUCUCCACUGGGUGGCCGCGGUCUCUUCGCAACGGAGGACUUGGUAUCCGGCGAAGUGUUAUUCGUCGACCAUCCUCUCAUCGCCGGCCCACGAUCUGGCACUUUAAUACGUCGCGGAUGUACCGUUUGCUGCAAAUUAAACAAAAACAAAUUUUUCAAGUGUGAUAAAUGUUCUCUUUUGCUUUGCUCGGAAUCGUGUCAAAAUAGUAGUGUUCAUAACGAUGACUGUGGAAUAAUUUCCGGUUGGCGCAAUAAAGUGUCCAUCGAGGAAGUCGAUGCCGCCUUACUGUCACGAGCGCUGACGGCCAUAAGAGCUCUAUUACUGAAUGAAGAGCAAAAACGAUUUAUGAUUUCCCUUCAAGCACAUGUGCUGCCGCAACAUGGCACGGAAAUACAAGAAUUGCAACAGUAUUUUGAGAUCCCGGAGCAUGACGUACAGCUUAUGAUUUUAACGAGUUGCGUGCUAGAUGCGAAUGCAUUUCAGAUCGCUACUUCCUAUGGGAAAGAAGAAAUGGGUAAGAGGGGUCUCUACCCGGUAUCAUCUCUGCUGAAUCACAACUGUGUACCGAAUACUAGAUACAACUACAAUAGUGAUCUCCAGAUGAUCGUGAAAACUGUAAAACCGAUAAAGGCUGGGUGUGAAAUAUUUACGUGCUACACGGGGCUACUGUGGGGGACGCCAGCACGUCGAAUCCAUCUGUAUAAAACUAAACAUUUCUUGUGCAAAUGCGAGCGCUGUGCUGAUCCAACAGAACGCGGAACAUUUUUAGCUGCUCUCAAAUGUUUCUCCGCGGAGUGUCCAGGUUCUCUUUUGCCUAUAGAGCCUCUUAAAUCUUCUUCAUCAUGGCGAUGCUUCGAGUGCGGAUUACGAGUCCCAAGCGAUAACAUUUGCACAUUACAAAGUGCAUUAGGAAGCCUCAUAGGUUCUUUAGAUUUCGGAAAUAUUAUUGAGUUGGAGAAUUUUUAUUUAUGUCGUGUUACAAAAUACAUUCCGAAAUCAAAUCAAAUUGUGGUCGACUUACAAUGCAGGCUCAUCUGGGAAUUAGGAGAAAUAGAAAAUCACCGUUGGCAUGAGCUGUCGGAGUAUCGUCUGUCGCUGAAGGAGCAGCUGUGCCGCGACACGCUGCGCACGGCGGCGGCGCUGGGCGCGGGCGACGCGCACCUGCGCGGCCUGUUGCUCUUUCACCUGCACGCCGCGCUAGCCGAGCGCGCCAGGCGGUGCCCCGACCUGUAUGACGAGCUGAAGUCGGAAAUUGAAGCUAUUAUAGAUCAAGCAUAUACCAUAUUGCAAGGAGAUAUUUCUGCGCCCCCAGAUUUGGAGCUAAGACACCGUUAUCUAGGCCCGGGCAGUGAUAAACCACAAGAAGAAAGAUUUUUCAUACUCGAUACCUCAGAAAAUCUUUCGGUCUCAAUGAAAUAAUAAUAGCAGUUAAAUUGAAUAUUAAAUAGUGUCAUUUUUUCU